CAGUGACCUCUCGGAUAUUUUAUUUACUCCUGAAAUCCAAGAUGGCCACCUUGAAUGUCUCGAUCCCAUAGCAAUUGAGGAUGCAAGUAGCUACCGAAAAAACAACUUUUCCCCGACCAUCUCAUCCCCUGAAAUUCAAUUCGAAUGGUGCGGCUGACCCCCUUACAUCUUAUUAGCCACUAAAUAGCCAUUGCAUUUUCGCGCAAACCCCUUCAAUUCGCAAAUUUGAAGUAGUUUCGCGAAGUAGCUCGCGCUGUCGCUGUCUGUCCGAAGCGAGGUUCAGACAGGCAGCACAUCCAAAUGGCCGAACCGAGAAAAGUACAAUUUGUCACCCUCUCGGCCUUCGCUGCGGGAUCAGCCACGGAGACUAGGAAACGCCGGUUGGAGGAUGACGAGGCCGACAUCGACUUGGAUGCGGAUGGUGAGGUCGAAACGAAAGCGUCCGGGGCAGAUGGUGGCGGUGGGCUUUUCGGCAAAACUAGUAGUGACAAGGACAACGCUGAAGGAAAACGGAUUACCGUGCGGUUGAACCUAUCUCUGUCCGAGCCCAGCGAUCAAUCGUCGGCCGAGUUUAACUACAGCGAACUCAUCCAAAACAUCCAGGCAAAAAAGAACACUCCUCCUCCAGCCCCAGCCCCAACUCAGACUCCAACUCUUUUUAUCCUGCCUCCUGCCCUUGACCCUAGCGACCCUUUCAACGAUGACGAUAGAGAACGACUGCAGGUGGAGGCCCUGGCCAAGAAGUUUGAGAACAAAUAUGGCAAUGCGAAUGCAGCAGGAAAGAAGAAGAGGAAGGAUAGAAUGCAGGAUCUGAUUGACAUAGGCUUCGGCUACGACGAGACCGACCCUUUUAUUGACAACUCAGAGGCUUAUGAUGAGCUGGUCCCGGCCUCCCUGACUACCAAGCUGGGAGGGUUCUACAUCAACACGGGCACGYUGCAGUUCAGAGCUGCUUCCGAGUCAGAGGGAGAGGAAGGGGGCAAGGAUGUCAAACCCAGAGUAAGGGAGCUGAAGGAUGGCGAGGAGCAAGUGAUCAAGAGACGAAGGAGGAAAGAAGGAAACAAUUUGGAGGAGAAGAAACCCCGGAAGAACAGAGUGCCCAAACCAGGAGUGUCGUCUCUGAUGAACAUCCACCGGCCAGAGAAGAAGAAGAGGAAGAAGCUGAUGAAGGACUCCUUGUGCUUGGCAGCCAUGUUGCGCCGCUUCACCCGGGAGAAGCAGGAGAUGAGGAAGAUGAACCCCACCGCGCCCCACUCCGGCAUGGGUAGCUCCGUGGCCAACGCCCCGCGAGCCAACCACCUGCUGGCUAACUCCCACCUGCACGCUAACGCGGCUAACAACGACGUCUCGUUGGCCGAGCUCACCGCGGACCCCGCCAUGAUGUCACUGCUGGGCUCGGCAAAUGAGAAGGAGCUUCAGGAUCUUCUGGGUGACCUGGACUUCAGCCUUCUGGACAGCUCGGCUAAUCCGCAUGUGGCCACGCCCGGGAGAGAGAAUGGCCUGAUGGGAAUUGGAGUUUCAGGGCCGAAGCCGAGUGGGGGCGGGUUAGGGAGGGGGCUGGGGGUUGCAGGGGGUCUCCUACACCCACCUCCGCUCCCUGACGGCCUGCCCGCCCCCCUCAUCAAGCGCAUCGAGGACCUGCGGGCGGCCUCUCGUCAGUUUGAUCAAGAGGGAAGGAAGAAAUUCUUCACCCUGGAUAUGAAUAACAUCCUACUGGAUAUUGAGCUGCAGGUGCAGGAGCAGCCGAUGGGGCUACGUGGGGAGGUGUAUUCUCACCUGGAGGCCUUUGUGCCCUGCAAUAAAGAGGCCCUUCUCAAACGCCUCAAGAAGCUUAGCCUCAACAUCCAGGAUGACCGUCUGCGUACGCCCCUGUUGAAGCUGAAGCUGGCUGUGUGCAGUGUGAUGCCCGAGCAGAUCCAACGAUACAACAUGGACUGCAUGGUUAAGGCUGCCAAGCAGCAGCCUGGAGAGGGAGAGAAGAACGGAUCAGAGGAGGAAGACGAGGGGAAGCCGGGGAAGAGGAUGAUGGGCCCACGGAAGAAGUUUGUCUGGGACGACAAGCUCAGGGUCCUGCUGUGUAACCUGGUGCGUGUGAAGUUGAGCUCCUAUGAACUGGAGUCGUCUCAGCUCUCUCUCUCCGUGGAGGAUUACCUCAAGGCCUUCAUGGAGAACGAGGUCAAACCACUGUGGCCCAAGGGCUGGAUGCAGGCCAGGAUGCUGUUCAAGGAGAGCCGUGGUGUACACAGUCACCUCACUGUCAACAUGGUCAAGAAAAGGAUGGUCCCCACCCCCAGGGCUAAAGCAAAGGAGGGCCAAUGGAUCCAGCAGAGGCCCAAUCUCCCCACCGCCACCACCCCUUCUCUCCCCCACGUCCCCUCCACCCCCUCCGUCAUCCAGGCCCGCCGGACCUCCUCGUCCCCCUCGGAGCCCAUCUGCCUGUCCGACUCGCUGGACGAGGACCUCCGCGCCCCCUCCCUGGAUUCCGUCUCCCACGCCCUCGCCUUCCUCAGCCAAGCCGCCAAGGGCCUGGGUCCCCACGGCAGCGUCACUGACCUCACCCUCACCUCCCCCCUCUCCCCYCCGCCUCUCCAGUUCCCCAACUCCUCCCCCCCCUCCAUCACACCUCACUACUCCCCCUCGUCUUCCCAACUCACCUCACAUUCUCUUUCCAAGAUAAACGCCAACUCGUCGACGACGGUGACGAUGCCAUCGAUGGCCAACAUUAAGACCACGCUAUCUACCUCUCCCUCCACUUCCACGGUGUCGUCGGCUCGCAUGCAGCUCGCGGGGGCCACGUUGGUGUCUCGUGGCGCCGACGGAGUGUACGGCGUGAUGAAAGGGGCAGGCUCUAUGGGACAGACUCAGAGACACAAUGUCAGCAUGGCGACCGCCAYUCACAGGCAWGGGGGCAUGACYGGAGGGAGUAAGCUCCACCCACCRUCGUCCCCCUCCCCGCCCACCAAGCAGCGGCCCCCUCCCACAGCCUCUCCGCUCCUGCCCCCCCAUCAGAAGGUCKCCCUGGGCAUGGKGGUGGCAAUACCAGRACURGGGAAGARCAGUGUCAAAGCCAACARCAGCAGUAACGGCRGUGYCAUGAUGAGCAACAUKCCCUCCUCCUCCCCUCAGUCCCGUGCCACCAACUCCCACUCACACCCCCAGCAGCUCAACUCCAAGAGCCCYCAGCAGCUCAACUCCAAGAGCCCCCAGCAACCCUCCUACCUCACCUCCACGGUGGGCUCUUCACCCUCCCCGUCCCCCUCCCACCACCAGGGCAAAUCCAAGCCCCACCACCAGUCCAACUUCAUCACCCCCAUGCAGGCAACUCUCACAAGUCUCCCACAGCAACAACUCCUCCCCCAUCAUCAAGCUCACCCCCCGCCCCCCCCCCACCCCUCCUCCCAUCUCCUCCCCUUCUCCUCCUCUUCCAACCUCCUCUCUCACUCUCAAAUGAUCUCCAGCCCUCUCCAGUACCAGUCCCCCAAGACUGCGGCUUCCGCCCCCCAUUUAGUGUCCAAGGUGGGGGUCAGGUGAAGCCGGGCCCAGGGCA